CUCGAAACAUAAAACUUUUCACUAGCAAUUAGCGUAUCAUUGAAGUAUAUAAAAGCGACUAAAGUAUGUCAACACAGGAAGGAGACGCCGAAAAGAAUAUUGAGAUCUGGAAGGUCAAGAAAUUGAUCAAAUCUUUGGAAGCUGCCCGAGGAAAUGGUACAUCAAUGAUCUCAUUAGUGAUUCCUCCUCGAGGACAAAUUUCAUUAAUUCAAAAGAUGUUAACUGAAGAAUACGGUACUGCAUCCAAUAUUAAAUCUCGAGUUAAUAGAUUAUCUGUUCUUUCUGCCAUUACUUCUACUCAACAAAAAUUGAAAUUAUAUAAUUCUGUUCCAAGAAAUGGUUUAGUAGUUUAUUGUGGUGAUGUAAUUACUGAUGAAGGUAAAGAAAAAAAAUUAAAUAUUGAUUUUGAACCUUUUAAACCAAUUAAUACUUCAUUAUAUUUAUGUGAUAAUAAAUUUCAUGUUGAAGCAUUAAAUGAAUUAUUAGAAAAUGAUGAUAGAUUUGGAUUUAUUGUUAUGGAUGGUAAUGGAGCAUUAUUUGGAGCAGUUUCUGGUAAUACAAGAGAAGUAUUACAUAAAUUUACUGUAGAUUUACCAAAAAAGCAUGGUAGAGGUGGUCAAUCUGCUGUACGUUUCUCCCGUUUAAGAGAAGAAAAAAGACAUAAUUAUAUUAGAAAAGUUGCCGAAGUUGCAGUCCAAAAUUUUAUUACUGCUGAUAAAGUUAAUGUUAAAGGAUUAAUUUUAGCUGGUUCAGCUGAUUUUAAAACUGAAUUAAAUAAAUCAGAUCUUUUUGAUCUUAGAUUACAACAAAAAGUAAUUAAAAUUGUUGAUAUUUCUUAUGGUGGAGAAAAUGGUUUUAAUCAAGCUAUUGAAUUAUCAGCAGAAACUUUAGCUAAUGUUAAAUUUGUUCAAGAAAAGAAAUUAUUAAAUCAAUAUUUCGAUGAAAUUUCUCAAGAUACUGGGAAAUUUUGUUAUGGUAUUGAAGAUACUUUAAAAGCAUUAGAUUUAGGUGCUUGUGAAACUGUCAUUGUUUAUGAAAAUUUAAAUACUAUAAGAUAUACUUUAAAAGAUAUUGAAGGAGAAUUAGUUAUUGCUCAAGCAAAUCCAGAUUUGCCAGAUAAAUCUUGGCAAGAAGAUAAAAAAACUGGUACUGAUAUGGAAAUUGUUAAAGAAGAAUCAUUUUUAGAAUGGUUAGCUGAAAAUUAUAGAAGUUUUGGUGCUACAUUAGAAUUCGUUACUGAUAGAUCUUCAGAAGGUGCCCAAUUCGUUCAAGGUUUUGGUGGUAUCGGAGCCAUGUUAAGAUAUAAAGUGAACUUUGAACAAUUAGCUGAUGAAUCCGAUGAUGACGAAUACUUUGAUGACGAUGAUGAUUUCAUUUAGAGGAGCUUUUAAUUAGGAAAAGUCCACCUUUGCAUUUUGCCUGUUUAUACACUUCUUUCUUUCUUUGUAUCUUUUUCUA